AUGAAGGGUCAAGAAUGUCCGGAUCGGUCGGUCUCGACAGGUCGACAGAUCAUCUGCUACACCCGGAGCGACGACACUCCGCAUCUAGAGGACGCCAUUUGCCAUUGCACGACUCUCAUCCACCAAGGUCAUGACCUGCAAAACCUCGAUGUUUCCGAAUUACGGGGCUUACAAGACAGUGCAAAAGUAGUCAAUUCUAAUUUAAAAGUGGUUAUGUCCAUUAGUGACAAACACGAGUUGCUGAAAAAGUCAACUACAAUAAGGAAAGAGUUUGUCGGUAAUUUAACAAAAGUUUUAAAUGAAGUCGAUGGUGUCGAACUUAGUGUGACAGCGGAUAAUAAGGAGCGCCUUGUUUCACUCAUCAAGGAUCUGAAGGAUGAGAUGGCGAAUAAGAGCUUGGACAAGAUGAUCCUUCUUGAAUUGCCAACGGAACCCGAGAAGUUGGCUAAGCAAUUCGAACUGAAGGACCUCUCCAAAUACGUCGAUGUUUUUACAGUAGCGACCCAUUACUUGAAAGAUAGCGACGAGACGUAUCGAACAUUCCAUCCGUCUCGAUUAAUGGGCUUAUUCGACAUGCUGAAUACCGAUAGUUUAGUGGAUCUUAUCAGUGGUAUGGGCGCACCAAAACACAAAAUACUUAUAUCAGUACCGGCAAAGGCUUUGAAAUUUACGCUGAAACAAGCUGAGAGUAACACGCCGAGAUCGUUAACGGUGGACGAACAGCCCAAGUUCAUGGAUCGUAAAAAACUAUGCGAAACAAUGAGCAAUGGCGAUUGGACAGUGGAAAGAGACGAAGAUCUCACGGCGCCUUAUGCAUUUAAAAAUACAACGUGGAUUGCCUUUGAAGAUGAAACUUCGUUAAUGAUUAAGAGCAAGUACGUAAUUUUACGAGAUUUGUAUGGAUUGGCGUUACGCGACGUGGAAAAUGAUUAUAAAACUAAUUGUGGAAAAUCCUUGGUUCAAUCGAUAUAUAAAGCCUUCGUGGACGUGAAAAGAAAAACGAGGGCUGUGAUACUGUCGUCGUUAGAAAAAGAUUUAAAGGGCACUGAAAUUACUUAUCCACGACACGUGAGAUCUUCAGAUUUUAGAAUAGUGCGAAUCGUCGAUACCGAGGGGAAAAUCCGAGCCGUUCGAGAAAAUACGCAAACAGCAUUUACCUGUACCCGACAAGGUUAUUUUGUCCAUCCAAAAAGCUGUAACAGAUUUUAUAGGUGCGUAAAAUUUAAUCAGGACUUUGAUGAUUAUUCGGUUUUUGAAUUCGAUUGCCCAGCUGGAUUAGCUUUUGACGAACGGACAGAAGUUUGCGUGUGGCCAGGAUCUCUGUCGAAAGGUUCGGCGUGCCCGGGGAGUAGUGAAAUCGAGCCUGUACCUCGAAGCAGAUUCCGUUGUCCGAGUGAACCCGGCUUUUACGCGGAUCCGCAAAAUUGCCGAUGGUUCUUCGCCUGUUACGAUCUUGGUGGAUCCGAGAUGGUACCUUAUGAAUUUCGUUGUCCAUUUGGCUUGGUUUUUGAUGAGAAUAAAUUGAUUUGCGAAUGGCCAUGGAAAGUACCAAAUUGCAACAGUCCUGAACAUAAUAAUAGAUAUAACACAUAUGCUUACGGUAACCAAUACAAUGGACAAGAAAAGCACAUGCCACAUGAUGGAAUAUUUGGUCAGAAUGGAUUUAUUAUACAAACAGGAUAUCCCGGGCAAGGUCUUGCUUCUGUACAAAAUUCGCAUAAUGGAGAAAAUUACGAUAUAAAUAGAUUGAAGAAUGUCUAUGACGGGAACGUUUUUAAUGGAACCGGAGGUUUUAAGUCACCGGCACAUAUAGGAAUUCAAUACGAUGGGCAAAAUUAUGAUAGAGUAGGAAUUCCUUCGAUUAGCGUGGGAGGUGAUGGGUACAAUUACAAUUUAGGCAAUAAUGGUGGAACGGGAGUAAACGACAAUGGAAAAGUUUAUAAUACAGGUGGCUUUGUUGGGCCAGUAUUAGGACAGGGCGAAGAGACUUAUGGUUCUGCAGGAGCACACGGAAUACAGUUGGAAUAUCAUGGGAAUAAUGAUGAUGUAAGCGCUACGACUGCAACUGUAGGAAAUUACGAUGAUAAACAUUAUAAUGUAAACGGUGAUGUUAAUCCGGCGAUAGGGCAUCAGGGUCAAACGUAUUAUUCUGUAAACAAUCCUCAAGGUGGACUGGAAUAUGAACAUAAUUAUAACGCAAAUGGUGGUAUUAGAACGGGAGUCAAUUACGAUGGAAAGAGUUACAAUGCAAAAAAUGGUGAUAAAAUAGCGAUAAACCAAUAUGGUCAAACUUAUAAUCCCGUAAUAAUCGCAGAAACGGGCUCGGGAUAUGCACAUGAUCACAAUGCCGGUCGUGUCAAUACAAUAGGAACAAAUUAUGGUGAAAGCAUUUAUCAUACAAAUAACGCGGUUAAUCCUGUUGUAGGAUACAACAACGGUCAAACUUAUUAUCCGGUAAAUAAUCCUCAAGAUGGAGUUGGAUACGAGCACAAUUAUGAUUCGGGUUACGCUACAGGAACGAGAGUUAAUUCGAAUGAUGCUGUAAAACCCGUAAUAGGACAGGAUGGACAAAACUUUAAUCCGAUUAGGACUCCUGAAACAGAUGUAGGCUACAAUGGAUACGAUUAUAAAACCGUUGUUUCGAAGGGGAGUGAAGUAAAUUGCGAUAAAAAUCUUUAUAACACACAUAGAGUUGUUGAACCAGCGUUAAAACCGCCUGAAGCUGGUGUUGGGCAUGGAUAUAAUUAUAAGAUAGACGAUGCUGCAGGAGCAGGAAUAAAUUCUGACGAUAAGAAUUAUAAUACAAAUUAUGGAUAUAAUAAUGGACCAACUUACUAUAGAAUAGGAACUUUUGAUGCAGGAAAAACAUAUCAUGGAUAUAAUAAUGGGAAUUUCGCUGGGACAAAAGUAAAUUAUGAUGCCAAUAAUUAUAAUUCACACGAAACAGCUGGAACGGGAGUAGGACAAAACGGUCAAAGACAUAAUGCUUUUGGGUCUGCCAAUUCGGGACAAACUGUCCAAGGAAAUCCAAAUUUUAAUACUUAUGGAUACGUAACUCCGCAGGCCAAUUUACCAGGUGUCGAUGUGGUAGAUUGCGAUGAUAAACAACAACCGGAGCUUCCCACAGCAGGUGUAAGAUAUGACGGACAAUAUUUAAAUCCGUCUGGGGUUGAAUUCAAUUACGGACAACACGGCGGAUAUGCUGAAGGAGGAUACAAUUAUCCUGUUUAUAAUAAUCCUGGAAUUGUAUAUGGACCCAGUAUUAAUACGAACAAAUUCCACGAUCAAAAUGUAAAUACUGAUAAUGAAAAUCACAAUAAGAAAGAUAAUACAAAAUCGGAUGAUUGCGAUAAUAAAAGUAGUACAAAUGUAAAUAAUGACUAUAACAAUAAAGAUAUCACAGGGUACAAUAAAGAGGGAGUCAAGACUACGCAAUUCCAUUCGGGAAAUUCAGUGACUACUGUUGGUAUAAAUAAUAAUUUCAAUCAAAACACACACGUAACUACAGGACUUACCGAUAGCCCAGUUAAUUUCGCAGAUGGAUUGACUUCUAACACAGGGUAUACAUCAGACAAUAUGUAUGGAUAUUCGAAAAAUCCAUUUACUGGGUAUACCGUGGGAACGAUUGGUGGCAACUCAGCUCAUGUCACUACUGGUGGUUAUGCAUCAAAUACUGCAGGAUUUACCGUGAAAAAUACUUUGCCUACGAAUCAAUAUAGUAAUACGCAUAUUACUAAAUCAGUUCCAGGUGAAACUACGAAUUUUAAUGCAUUCGACUCAACGACGAGAAACGAUACUUAUGGUGGUACAAAUAGUGUCAUAACCAUAGGUAAUACCCAAUACGUACCCAGUACAGUACGUCCAAUAAUGUAUAAUUCGUCAUAUAAUACAGCUGGAUUCCCUACUUCGACAAUAAUUCCAUUCGUAACGAGACAAAACACAUAUAAUUCAGUAGAUGCUGAUGGGACAACGCCCAUUAAUUCUAUGGGACUUACAUCGGCUGAAAAUUUCGGCAAUGAAUAUACUAAUGAAGCUGCAAAAAGUUUUACUGAUUCGGGCCAAACGUCAAAAGGAUUCACGUCCUACGGAUAUCCUCAAAAUGGGCAGACUUUUAAUAAGGCAACCAAUGUCGACGAUUAUUCGAAAAUCAAUUUCGAUGGAGUAACGCCAGUUAUUACGGUAGUUCGAGACGGCCAAAAUGGAAUAUCGCAAGAUUUUGCAGGUGCAACGAAUUUCGGAGGCUCGUCAUUUACAACGACAGCCUCUAAUUAUGGUACAGAUCACACCUCUAAUGGCCUAACAAAUUCUCCAUUUAUUGGACAAAGUAUUACUUCGAGCAAUACUGGAAUUACGAAAUUCGGAGAAUCGCCAAAGCUGCCCAAUAACAUUAUAAUUCGUGAGAAUGGCCCUGAUAACACAGCCACGAACUUUAUAAAAUCAUCCGGUUCUUAUUCUGCCUCAACGGUACCAACAGUCGUACCCUUGAGUAAUUCACUACCGCAAGUAGAGCUUGACAAUUCUAAAUUAUUUGGCGUAAAGUUUGAUGUCUCAUCGACGUCUGCGCCGGAUACAUCGACUAACAAUCAUCCAUCUACAAUAGAACAAAACACUGGCUACAGAAUUAAUGAAUAUUACGAUAAUGGUGGCCGCGGUACCAUUAAGUACAAUAAUGGUCAAGUAGCGAAUAAAGUGACAGAAAAUGACAUACAAGAUUAUAGAACGUCUACUUAUACGAGGUUACCAAAUUCAUUUAUUAUCAGUGCCGGUAAUGGAGCGAAUGAGCAAUCGACUAUUCAAGAAACUCAAUCGGAAAGUACCAUAGGAAGUCAAGAUCAACAGCAAUCUCAAGGAAUCUUUACGAAUGAAGGAUUUACGAAAACAGGACCGACAAAAACGGGUAUCACGACUGCUCAGAUAGGUGGAAGUGGUAGUUAUGUCAUGGGAACCGGUGGCACGCGAGUAAAACCAAACCCUCAGAAUAUUGGAGAGCAAGCAUUUGCUGGUAACUUUGGUGCAACAGGCAGUACAAUUAAUUUUGAGACAUCUACGGCCAGUACCGACUUUACCAAUAGUGACUUAUUGAAGUAUAAUACUGCAUCGGAAACACCUGAAUUCACGGGCUACUCUUACCCUCGACCUUUAGUAGAAGUGGAGGUCAAAGGAUCGUCAAGUAUCCCCGGACAACGACAAACGACGUAUUCAACGAGAACGACACCGUCUCAAACUAUCCAAGCAUAUAACAAUCAAAAUUCUGUUAUAAUAGAAACGAAAGAUCAAAAUAAUGGAGUCUUCAGCACUACUCCAUCGCCCUUUGAUAAUUCUAUUAAUCCAUUAGAGACAUUUAAAACUACAGUACAACGCAUCAAUACAUUAUCACAAACAAUUUCCACCGUUAAACCCGAAUUGGAAGCGGAAUUUGGUGUUGUGGUCACAACCACCCCUGUGCCACUGACUAUCACCACACAGAAGCAAAGUUAUCAGAAUAACUUAUCGACCAAGCCAGAUACGUAUUUGGAUGUUGGUGUUUCGUUCAAUCAAGAAAAUGAUUAUGUAUCAACGGUACAAGGAUCGACUGGCAGCUCGGAUUAUUCCGAUAUUACAGCUAAUUUUGAUCAAGGCAAUUUCGGUCAAAAAAUUGCUGGGCAAACAAUAUUUACCAAUGUCAAUUAUCAACAAGCAACUACAAAAACUAAGGCGGCAAAUCAAAAUAGUCAUUUAAUUAAAUCGACAAAAGAUAAUUAUGGAUUCUAUACAGAAACUGGCGUUUAUACGACGACUGAAUCGGAACUUUUGGGCUCCAAUCAGCCAAUUGAUUUCAUAUCAACGGUGAAUUAUCCACCUAGUACGAAAAUUCCAUUAACGCAUAGCGCGUUGAAGAAACCAAUUGUUGCUGCUGAAUUUUCUCAGAAUCAAUUUGAUGGAUCAUUGGCUAUUGAUACUGCACGAAAUAUUAAUUCGGCUGAUAUCAAACCUCAACUUUCCAAUUAUAGAAUCUUAUCUAAUCAGGCUACGAUAGAAUUUCCUCAACAAAGAUCAGCCGAUAAUCCAUUGAUAAAUCAAGCAUCCAGAUAUUCUGGAUCGACUUAUCAUACAGCAUCCAAUAAAUUCUUAAAUAACGAGGGUUCGAGAAAUUUCGCCCCUCAAGAUUUAAAUGCACAAAUUUUAAAUAAUCAAGCUUCUCCGUACUUCGUUUCUCAACCCCAAUCCAACGAAAUAUCGAAUAAACAAAAUUCCAGAGAUUUCAGUCAUCAAACGCCAUCUAAUAAGCUCAUAAAUAGUUUUGUGCCAGAAAAAUCGUACUCUCGACAAAAUCAAGACUUUAAUAGACAAAGAACUUUAAUAGGUUCAAAUGUUGUAACGUCAUUUGGUGGUACAAAUUUCGAUAGCGGUAUUCUUGCUCAAAAUCGAGAAAAUAUCAAAAUCAUAUCAGCAUUUGAUGGCGUAACGAGUAAAAAUUCUGGUUUAACGCAACAAAGUACUACCACUGCACCAGAAAUAACAACAUACACCGGUGAUUUCGGUAGAAUGCAAGGCCGCACUUUAUCCAAUGCGCAAAAUAAAAAUAAUAAAGUAAUUGUAAAACUUAGCGAUUUGCAUCCAUUGAUUCUUGGCAAAUUAGGCGCCGAAUGUACUUGUACGGCAGAUCCAUUUGCAAUUUUCCGAGCACCCAAUAAAGAACCCUUACCCAUUAAAUCUCAAAAUCGUGGCCCAGUCGAUUUAGCUAAUUAUGACGAAAGUGACAUCUACGUAGAUGUGGAGAGCGAUAAGGAGAACGGAAAAGAUAUCGAUUUUAUAAAAAAUAUCCCAUCCAACGGACUCGUAAAAUCUUCGAGCCUUAAAGCAAAUCAAGAUGAAGGUGUUGGAAACGUUGUUGUAAGAUCGAGGGGAGAACCACUGUCGACUUACUUACCAUUACCAAAAACGAAUACUUUAAGUGCUUAUCUUCCACCUGCAAGACCAUCAAAUACUUACCUGCCAUCGUCAACCGAAACUCUCAUUACGCCUGUAUACAGGAAGAAUCAAGCUUCCUUGAAUGCUCAAACGCAGAGUCGUCGACCGCUGUUGAUAAGAGUCGAAAAUACUAAUGCAAAUAGCCCUGCAAUAACAUCCAAAAGAAGAUCGAGUAAAUCUCUAUUCGAUGGCGCUCCGAGGACACCCAAUAACCUGAAAAGUCAGAUCGAUUCCUCUGAUCGGCAACAAUCAUCCAUCAGUUCCAAAAGCACCGACAGCUCUCCUAAUGACAAUUUAGAAUGCGCCAGGCCAGGUCUUUUCAGACAUCCCAAAUUUUGCAACAAAUUCUAUGCUUGUCACUGGGAUAAUUGGAAGAAACGCUACACGCUGCAUGUUUUCAACUGUCCAGUUCAUUUAGCCUUCGACUCAAGUGCCGGAGCAUGUAAUUAUCCAAGCAAGGGUCCCGCUUGCCAGGAUAAUAAAUUGCUGGUCUGAACAACCGACACUGCCAUCCAUUAUCCAUAGGACUUUAAACGAGAAUAUUUCUUACAUGACAUUAAUGUAUAAAUUUAAUUAUUAUAAUUAAUGGUAGACAUUGUACACUCGCAAACGAAUGCUGCCCUUAUGUGUUUGACGAAACGAAUGAAAAAAAAAUUACAAUCCAAGUAUUCAAUGUAUUUUCUUAUAAAUUACGAUCAUAAAUUGCUAUAAUAUUUGGAAGAUAAUGCGUAAUUUAUAAUCGCCAAGGCAUGAUUGCAUUUAAAACUGAUAUCUUAUGUAAUAUUUUACCAAAAAAAAAAAA